UUUAAAUCAAAAAAAUCCGAUUUUUUUGAUUUUUUUAAAAAAAUCAUUGAUUUUUAUCCACCCUGAUUGGGACCCCUGUUCUUUAACUUGUUCAUAAAUUACCUGGAGGUGAGCAGGGAGGUAGACAGGUUUGCUGGUGACACCAAGUCAUUUGGGGUGAGAAAAUAAAAGGGAUUUCAAGGCAUUCCAAAAGGAUCACUCUAAACUGGGUGAAUUGGUAUUUAAAUGGUAAUUGUGGUUCAGUCAAAUAAGUGUAAAGUGUAAGUGAUGGGGUCUUCACUUACAAGGAAAGGGAUCCUGGUGUUGUCAUAGAUAGCUCAAGGAAACAGUUGGCCCUCUUUUUCAGUCUAUGGCUGAGGAUCAUUAGGAAAGGGGUGGAAAAUAAAACUGGCAAUAUUGCAAUUCCUUUAUAAAAAUACUGUACAUGGCGCAACCACAGUUGAAAUUCUGUAAACAGGUCUAGUUGCUGCAUCUUGAAAAGAAUAUUAUAGAGCUAGAAAUGGUGCUGAAAAGGGUCACCAGAAUUAUUAGGGUGUGUGUGGAGCAACUAUCCUCUAAGGAAAGAUCUACAGCAUUUGGCUUUUUUUUUAGUUUAGGGGAAAAAGUGAAGGGGGCCGUAACUAACAUUAUGUACCCUGCCCAAGCCCACAUCCUCUGGCAUUCACAGAUGACUUUGAGGAGAGGUCAGGUCCACUUCUGAACUUGCACUGGGAUUUGCAGGUGUUUCUGCCUUCAAAGGUACGGUGAGUGAAGAACUCACUUUGUGCUGUGUUUUGAAGGCCCUCAAAGGCAGAGAGAGGCUUGUUUCAAGUGUAGGAGGCUACCACCUUAAGAGUAUUCUGUAGGUUUCUCUCUUUGGGGAAUGUACAUAUGAUAAGACAGUCAUGCAAGAAAUGAAUUUAAAAAGCAGUGUUAGGAUGAAUCUUUGGCAUGUUUAAAAAGGAAAGAAUAUGUUAAUAUCUCUUGUUAAUAAACAAGAUAAAAUUGUUGUUGAUGCAGAUAUUCUCUGAAGAAUAUUCUAUUCUUAAGUAGCAGUCCUAAAAUUCUGUUUUCAUCAGAAUUUGAAUUAAGACUGUUAGUUGUACUUCAUUUCUUUUAUUGCUGUAGGGAGCCAUGGUAGAAAUUGUUUCAUAACUUUGCUGCAGCAUCAGUUAAAAUGUCUAUUCUGAAAUCUGCUAUAAUAUUUGUAUUUAAUUUAGUAUCAGCACAAAUUGGUUCAUCCAGAUUUUGUAGUAACGGGAGAGAAAUCCAGAAAGCAGUUUCCCAUCCACCCCUUUUUAUAAUAAUAAAUCUUACAAUUUAACACAUUUUAAUGUCCUAAUGUUCUGUUGGCAUUGCUAUAUUACAGUACAUUAUUAAUUGUGUCAGAAUAACUUGCAACAAUACAAUUUUCUCGGGUUUGGCCCCUGAGUGGCAAGUUGACAGCAAAGGCAAUGGCAAGCCACAAAUACUCCAUCUAGGCUGAUUAUUUUAAGCUUGCUUGCUGAUUCUAGCCAGAUAGGCAGCUUUUCAAAUGAGUUUAGCUAUUCCAAAAGCUGAUCAGAAAUCCGUGUUAAAAUUCUUCCUCAAGGAUCACCUGUUCUAACCAAUGACUUUGCAACAUACUUAAGCCACCUUGGAUCAUCUCAGGGUGGAAAAUUAAAAAUAUUGAAUAUUGUUUUCCAUAUGUGCUGCAUGUGAGUUGAGUAAAUAUUACUCCUUUCUUUAUUUCAUUUAUUUGAUUUGGUUCGCAUAUUCUAACCUGCUCAGGUAGGAGUAAAUGCCUUCCUCUGGAAUGUAAUUGAUUUCCUCUUGUUGCCAUCCUGGAUGUGAAAAGCCCAUUCAGAAAAGUUACCUGGGUGUGAAAAGUUCAUUUUCAAAUAAAUGAAAUAAGUGUCUGAUCCUUCCACUUCCACUUGACGCAGCCUAACAUAAUAAAAAAAUUGUCAGAAUAACACAUUCCAGGGUGGAUAAAAAUCAAUGAUUUUUUUUAAAAAAAAAUAAAUAGGAUUUUUUUGAUUUAAAUUGGAUUUUUUUGAUUUAAAUCGAUUUUCUGAUUUAAAUUGGAUUUUUUUAAAUAAAAUGCUUAUUGAGGAAAAUAUAUUACCAUCCAAAGGUUAUUCCAUCAUGAAAUAAAGAUUAGUUUUUUAAUUAUGUAGAAUAAGGUUGUAUAUGUUUAAUUUUUUGGUUAAAUAAAUUCCAUUAAUCCAUUCACAAUGUCAUGCUCUUCCAGAGGUUUUUGUAAGAUUAUUGGGCAGUUUCUCUGCCUACAAGAUAUUAUUACAGGUGCUUGGUUUACUUUUGCAGUUCUCAAAACUGAAUUUGACUCAACAGAGAUCACAUGCCUCUUCUUCACAGCAAAAAUGUUAUAACAUGAACAGAGUUGAGAAAAAGACCAUAAUCCUAUUGUUCUACAAACCUAUGAAUACAGAAACAACCCCUUCAGUGCUAAGUUUCAAGACGUUCAGUGAAUAGAAUAGAAACAAUAUUUUUCUGAUUGUUUGGAGUGGACAGUAUUUAAGUUUUUCAUGUGUAGGCUGGGCUGACAGUCUAAGUUUCUUAAAAUAUAUAUAUAUCGUUUUUGUUUAGCCAAAUUAGUUAACAAACAUGGAUGUUUGUUUAAGCAAAUAACAUAUGCUAUAAUGUUAUUGUUUCGGUUGAAUAAAUCUAUUUAAAUUGUUAUUAUUAAGGUAAUGAUUAUUUUUCUCCUUCCUAAGUACAACAGUAAAGUUGUCCAAAUAUGAAUGAUUAACCUAUUAAACUGGGGAUAAAAAAACUAAUAUGAAAAGUUGUUAUUCUAAAAAUCUUCAUCUACUUGCAUAUUAAAGUUAUACCAGCAAAAAUUAGUCUAUGUAGAAAACUAUGAUUUAAAUCUAGCCUUACUGACUAGUGAUUUAAAUCGUGAUUUAAAUCAGUUUGAUUUAAAUCAAAUCCACCCUGACACAUUCAAAUGCCAUCUCUAGCAUACCUUAGAACAGUGGUUCCCAACAGGUGGUCCGCGGACCCCCAGGGGUCCGCAAGCUAUGCCAGAGGGGUCCGCAAGAUGCUAUUAGAAUAAAAAAGUAUAUUAAAUAUAUUUCGUAUGAUAACAGAUUUUUUGUUUUGGCUGCUUCCUGCAUGAGCAGAGUCUAGCGCAGAGUCUGUUUUGCAAAGAGGCAGUGUGCGCAUUCUACUAACGCUCACCUCCCCAAGAUGCUUUGCGCGCGUCGGCUCCAUUUGUGCGCUACUGCGCAGGUACCCUGUCUUCUCCAUUCCCCUCCCUCCUCCCUGGCGCGCACUGCCUCUUUGCAAAACAGUAGUGUUUGUAAACAAAGCAAGCAUUUUCUUCCAUGUGUUUCAUGAAAAACAAAUAUAGGAAUCGGCUCGACAUGCGGUCGGAUUUCAGAGUGAAAGUUUCAAGUUUGGAACCUAAUAUUUCAGAAAUAAUGGACUCCAAGGACAGAUUUAACUCAUCUCAUUAAGAACUGAAAAUUAAAACUAACUGUAUACUGAUGGAGUACUCUGUUGUAACUGUAAAAAAGUAUAAAUAUAAAAUAUAAAAAGACUUAAUCUGGCUCUCACUUUUUAAUUUUAGGAUUAGGAAUUAAUGGGGGUCCUUGUCACAAUAGCGGCUCGAUGAGGGGUCCUCGAGAAAAUUUUGUUGGGAACCCCUGCCUUAGAAUAUUUUGCCAUAUUGAUUUCUUGGGUGUACGUGAACAAGUUGCAUUGAUUUCUGCAAACACCGUAUAUUUCAGGCUUUUGUCAUUGUGCAAGGAAGAGGAGGGGAAUGCUGCCAAACUCCAUCCCACUCCAGUGCAUGAGUUUUUUAUUCUUUUCAGCCCUCCAUGAGUUGGGUGGUCACGUUCUGAAACAAGGAGUGUCCUCUACUCUUGGAAGGGGGAAAGUGAUGCUCUGGAGGGAGUGGAGCAUGGCAGUGUGCUCCUGCUUUCCUUUGUGCAGUAUAAGCCACAUAGUGCUGCCAAGCCCGAUGUGGUGUACAAAAAUUGUAUGUGUGCAUGCAAGUGUUUAGUUAUAUGUUAGAGACUUCAGGCAUCUUCUGUUAAGCAGUGCUUCAUUUCUGUAUGUGGCAUGUCCAUACAGUACUAGUUUCAACUCUUUGACCCCUGCCUGCAUGGAAGUAGAGAGAGAAGAGAGUUGGAGCUGUGUAAGCUCAUGGCCCAGGCUUUUCCUAGCUGGCUAAAAAUGGUGCCUUAUCAUCCUAUCCCCAUCCAUUAGUGCAUUCUUCUGUGUUCUUUAUGUCCUGCUUGGGAGUUUGCCAAAAGCAUCUGCCUGGCAACUGUGGGAAAUGGGAUGCAGGAUGCUGGAUCCAGUAGGGAGCAAUUUAAAAGACAGUUGGUUUAAAAAACAAAAGCUAUUAGAUCACAUAGGUAAUUUUGCUGAGAGAAGACUAUGGUCUUGAAUAUAGAGAUUCUUUAGUUCCUGAUGGAUGGGGGACACGAGAUACCCAUAGUUUAAAGAUAGAAAAAGAUGUCAUUGAAGUCUGGGUUGUAUCUUCAUAUUGCUCAGUCUUGUAUUUCCAGGGUUGGAAAAAUAUUUCGCUUAAAUAUUUAAAAUCUUUCAAAUUUCUGAGUUUCAGAAUAAAAUUUUUCCUAGGUAGCCAUGCUCGGCAGUGUUCUGCUCAGUGUUCGAAACUCCCAUUGUUCUAGGCGCACUUUGCGACAGGGAAUUUCAUUAGCGCAAGCAACUUCUGAGCGCUGGGUACAGUACUGCACCUAAAAUUUCAGAUUAAAACUGCAGAGUGGAAGGAAAAGAGGAUCUUUUUCUGCCUUCCCACUUCCAGCUACUCUUUCAAGCCUGGAGAAGAGACCCUGUUAGGAAUAUUGUGGAGUGGGCAGGGGCAGGACUAGACUAUGUGGAAAAUGAACAUAAUAUUUUAGCUGCAGUUCAUUCAUUUUCAGCUAUGUAUUCUUGUUAUAAAAAAGCGAGAAUAGACAUUCCGUUGUUGCGCCCAUAACCUUUGUUUAAGGUGUGAUUUAGCUCCUAGUUUUCAUAUCUCAAUUUCUAAUACUUGUUUUGCUAUAUUUUAAUAUCCCCAUUUUAGAAUAUUCUGUGUUUAUAAAUGCAAAUAUACACCAUCUAUAAUUCCUGGGUAUGGGAAAAUGAUCAGAAAUAAGUGACGGAACCGCUGUGUCUGUUGUGUAGGUGGCUCAGUUUUAAUAGUUACCAGAACUCAUUAGAGAAAAUAAGCAAUGAUAGAACAGAACUUAUGUAACGUUAUAGCUUUGCUAUAUUUUGUAGUGUGGUUUGUGUACCUUUUGACUUUUUUGAGAGAUGUACUAUCAAGCUAAGGAGAGGUUUUUUUAAUUAAACUUGAGUUACUGUAAUAUUUCUCUGUAAUUUAUUCUUUAUCUCAGUAAGCGGUCUUAAAGGCUGUUUGCAAAUGGUACAACAUAAAAACAGUCUUCAAUAAUAAAAGUUUCUAAUUAAUUGAAAAUGCAAUCAUUAAACUAUAAUGGAGUCAAGUCUUUUGUUUCCUUAUUUCAUUAGUUUUUAUCUGGCUUGGGCAUAAUCUGUAGUUUGCAGUUCAUGUUUUGCUUGUCAUUCUUUCGGUAGCUGGAUGAUGACUGUCAUAGCCCAUCAUUCCCAGCAGUUACCUCUCGCAUUGGUAUGGUGGGGAAUAAAUGAUGUGGGGGCAAAUCCAUGCGGUGCCAAUGUCUCACUCUUUCUCCUUCCCCUUGGAAAUGCAGGUGCUGCUAAAUUAGUGAACAAUCCCAAUUCUCGUUUCCUGUCCUUACACAGUGGGGUUAAGGAAGCCAUAUAAUGAAUGGCAGUUUUUGCCUCUGCAGUAGCCAUAGAAAGAACAAAGAAUUCUUAAAUGGAAGAGAUGGUUUGAAUUCCCCCCCUUUGUAUUUCUUAUUUUUGUAGUAUUGGACUGGGGCCAUAUAUGGAGCUGCUGUUUAAACAAAUUCCUGCUGUUACAGCUGAGGGAGCCCCACCAUGCAUCAUAUGUAUGUAUAUUGCAAGAAGAAGAGGAUUGAGGAUGGAGCUGCUCUAGCUACAUUGAUGAAACUCCUUUAGCACCCUUGACCAGUUCUGCACAAGUGGCUUGAAAUGAAAUACUGCAGUUUUAACAACUUUUUUAGUUUAAAGCUCAUACACUUUAGUGUAUAAAGUAACUGCUAUUGAGGCCUCAAUCCCUAUGCACACUUAACAGAGAAUAAGGCCCUUUGAAUUUCAAGGGGCAUACGUAUAAGUGAAGAUGCAUGCAUAGCAUUGAAGCAUGUCCUUUUUUCAGUUAGAUUUUACACAUUGUUUGUGGCUUCUCUCUGUAUGCUGUUAAGAUCCAUAUUCCUGGGCUGACUAUGAUGGGUUAUGCCCUCUAUGCUGUUAGAAAAGGACAGAUUAAAGGAAGUGAAUCUGGGUCACUUGCUUAUCAUAAAGGAAGGCUCAGCCCUUUAGCAACUGUACUGAGUCAGAGUUAUUUUCAUGUGCUGGAGAAAGUAGUAAUUCCCUUGAAUUGUUGCAUUAAGAGUACAUUUCACCUUAACAUUUUAUUCUUAUGGACUGGCCCUAUCGAACACUCUUCUGUAUCCACAGUCUUCAAAUUUAGGGCGGCAAAGGAAAAAACAACCAGUGGGAAACUAAUUUAUAACUGUAAAAUACUGCAUAACAUUUUAAUGUGUUUCAGUAACAUUUACAUCUAUAUCAACAUAAUACUUUCCAGUUCACAAAAAGCAACUUGACAGUAUCGGUGUACCUUUGUGUUGAUUUAUAAACAGAAGUGACUACUGUGGGAAUGAGUUCCACUGUUUGUUUAUUUAUGUGCUGUGUGAAGGAGACAAAAGAAAGUACUACUUCACACAGGGCAUAGUUAAACUAUGCCAUGGAAUUUGCUUCCAUGGGAGGCAGUGAUGGCGACCAACCAGGAUGGCUUUAAAAGGAGAUGAGACAAAUUCUUUUUUAUUAUUAUUGCAUUUCUGAUUCAUUUCAACAGAAGAAAAAACAUGAAAGUAAUAAAAAAGGAAAAAAGAAUAACAUAAUGCAUAAAAUAUUACAUUAAAUAAUACAAUCAUUGACGGACUUCCCUUCCUCUCUUUCCUUGGUUGCUUUUAUAUUCCACUUCCUUCUCAUGUUUUCUUCGUUUCCCCAGUCUUUCUCUACUCCUCCCAUUAAUUCUAGUUCUAACUUACACUGCUGAACAUACUAAGAUGAGACAAAUUCAUUGGUGCAUUUCGCAGUAGGGAAUUUCAUUAAUGCGAGCAGCUUUUGAGCUCUGGGUGCAGUACUGCGCCUAAGAUUUCAGAUUAAAAUUGCCACUGCUGGAAGGAAAGGAAGACCUUUUUCUGCCUCUCCACUGCCAGUCAUUCUGAAGACUGGAGAUAAUAAGAAUAUUAGGGGGGCAGGCAGGGGAAGGAUGGCUUUGGUUUUUUUUUUUGGCAGCCUUCAGAUGAGGACUAGACUAUGUGAUUUUGCCAGUUUAUGAGGAGCAGGCUGCAGUUUAUUCAUUUUCGACUUUGUAUUCUUGUUAUAAAAAAGUGCGCCUAGACAAUCCUUUGUGGCACCUAUAACCUAGGUUUAAGGUGCCAUUUAGUUCCUAGCUUUCAUAUCUCAGUUUCUAACACUGAUGCCCAUAUUAAGUGGCAAUAUUUCAAUGGCCGGGUAGUUAUCGUUGUUUUGGUUACCAUCUGGCACACUAAAAAACAAAAACUCAGAAUACUGCCUCCAUCCAUGCCCAUGCUUGAGAUUUGUAUUGGCACCUGGUUGGAUACUGUUGGAGACAGUGUUCUGGACUCAGUGGACCCUUGACCUGGUCAAUGCAUUUGGUAUGUUCCCAGUAAGUAAAUAAGGAGCAUAUAAGUAGAAGACUUGUAGCUAAUUUUUGAUAGCCUUUUUUUAAUCCUGUAAAACAUUAAUUAACAUUGGCAAUAAUACCUUGCCAUUAAAGAAUUCAUAUAUUGUUAUGUUGUACCACAUUUCAUAAUGGCAAGGUCAAUGCUUUUGAUGAUCAUUUCAGUUCUGUAAGUAACAUAUAAAUAAACCUUUGACUUUACAAUAUGAUUUUUCAUUUUAUAGUGAAAUAAAACCUAUUGUGUUUGCUAAAGUUGUUGAUUCCCUCAACUUUUCUAAUAACUUAAUCUACUUCAUUUACAGGAAGUGUCCAUCAAAGCUUGCUUGCUUCAACAGACACAAAAAAGUUAAUGGGCAAAAGUACAGUUUUUAGGUGACAAACAGCAUGUUUGGUGCUUCAAGAAAGAAGUUUGUAGAGGGAGUCGACAGUGACUACCACGAUGAAAACAUGUACUACGGCCAGCCUUCGAUGUUCCCACAUCGAUCAGAAAAAGAUAUGCUGGCAUCACCUUCAACAUCAGGUCAGCUGUCUCAGUUUGGGGCAAGUUUAUACGGGCAUCAAAGUGCACUAGGCCUUCCAAUGAGGGGAAUGAGCAACAAUACCCCUCAGUUAAAUCGCAGCUUAUCGCAAGGCACUCAGUUACCGAGCCACGUAACGCCAACAACAGGGGUACCAACAAUGUCACUUCACACGCCUCCAUCUCCGAGCAGGGGUAUAUUGCCUAUGAAUCCUAGGAAUAUGAUGAACCACUCCCAGGUCGGUCAGGGCAUUGGAAUUCCCAGCAGGACAAACAGCAUGAGUAGUUCGGGAUUAGGCAGCCCUAAUCGAAGCUCACCCAGCAUAAUCUGUAUGCCAAAGCAACAACCCUCUCGACAACCUUUUACUGUGAACAGUAUGUCUGGAUUUGGAAUGAACAGGAAUCAGGCGUUUGGAAUGAAUAAUUCUUUAUCAAAUAACAUUUUUAAUGGAACAGAUGGCAGUGAAAAUGUGACGGGACUGGACCUUUCAGAUUUUCCGGCACUAGCAGACAGAAACAGAAGGGAAGGAAGUGGGAAUCCAACUCCACUAAUAAACCCUCUAGCUGGAAGGGCACCCUAUGUUGGAAUGGUAACAAAACCAGCAAGUGAGCAAACCCAGGACUUCUCAAUACACAAUGAAGAUUUCCCAGCUUUACCAGGCUCUAACUACAAAGAUCCAACAUCGAGUAAUGAUGACAGUAAAUCCAAUUUGAAUACAUCAGGCAAGACAUCUUCUAGUGCAGAUGGACCUAAAUUUCCUGGAGAUAAAAGUUCAACAACGCAAAACAAUAAUCAGCAGAAAAAAGGGAUCCAGGUGUUACCUGAUGGUCGGGUUACCAACAUUCCUCAAGGGAUGGUAACAGACCAGUUUGGAAUGAUUGGUUUGUUAACAUUCAUCAGGGCAGCAGAGACAGACCCCGGCAUGGUACAUCUCGCAUUAGGAAAUGACUUGACAACUCUAGGUCUCAAUCUCAACUCUCCUGAAAAUCUUUAUCCCAAAUUUGCAUCACCUUGGGCUUCUUCACCUUGUCGACCUCAAGAUAUAGACUUCCAUGUUCCAUCUGAAUAUUUAACGAACAUUCACAUUAGGGAUAAGUUGGCUGCAAUAAAGCUUGGCCGCUAUGGGGAAGAUCUACUGUUUUAUCUCUAUUACAUGAAUGGAGGAGAUGUAUUACAGCUAUUAGCAGCAGUAGAGCUAUUCAACCGAGAUUGGAGAUACCACAAAGAAGAAAGAGUAUGGAUUACCAGGGCACCAGGCAUGGAGCCAACAAUGAAAACCAAUACAUAUGAGAGGGGAACAUACUACUUCUUUGACUGUCUUAACUGGAGAAAAGUAGCCAAGGAGUUUCAUCUGGAAUAUGACAAGCUAGAAGAAAGGCCUCAUCUGCCAUCCACCUUCAACUACAACCCUGCUCAGCAAGCCUUCUAAAGACUUCCCUUGUCUUGGGGUAUGGCUGUCUCAGCACAAUACUCAACAUAACUGCAAAACCGAUGUGGCUCAGGCAUCCUGGUUUUAAUUCCUUAUGAGGAUCUGGCAAUUGGCUCAUGCAAAAGGGUCACCAUUUGAAGUCCUGCCUUACUAAUUAUGUGCUGCCCAACAACUAAAUUUAUAAUUUGUUUUUCUUUAGUUUGAGCAGGGUCGGAUUUAUUUUUUAUUUUUUUUACUCUUUUUUUUUGCCAGCAGACAAGCUUGGGUCUGUAAAGACAAGCCAGUACACUGACAAAAGUUUACCACUUAGUUUCCAAAAUGUAAAAAAAGGAAAAAAAGAAACAAGAAAUAGACAAUAAAAUUUGCAUUGUUCAUUGUAGCACUCUUGGUAAUAAAAAAAAAUGUUUGUGCAUUUUUAUGUGAAGAUCCUUCUCGUAUUUCAUUUGGAAAGAUGAGCAAGGUCUGCUUCCUUCAUUUUACUCCCCUUCAGUUUUUGAAAAGGCAGUUUUCGCCAACUUAAUGCAAGAAUAUCUGACUGUUUAGAAGAAAGAUAUUGCCACAACCUUUGGUUCAUUUCCAGGGUUGUGUGUUACUGAGCUUCAUCUUUCCAGAAUGAGCAAAACACUGUCCAGUCUUUGUUACGAUUUUGUAAUAAAUGUGUACAUUUUUUUUAAAUUUUUGGACAUCACAUGAAUAAAGGUAUGUAUGUACGAAUGUGUAUAUAUUAUAUAUAUGACAUCUAUUUUGGAAAAUGUUUGCCCUGCUGUACCUCAUUUUUAGGAGGUGUGCAUGGAUGCAAUAUAUGAAAACGGGACAUUCUGGAACUGCUGGUCAGGGGACGUCUUUGUCGCCCUGUGCACUAAAGGGCCAGAUUUCAGCAGCCAAGGACAUCCAUACCCAAGUGAAUGUGAUGGGACUUAACGAAGUGAACUGAGACAAUUCACUCUGGCUGUUUGAACAGCAGCGUUUCAUAGGAAGAGAAAAAAAAGAUCAAUCUUGUAUUUUCUGACCACAUAAAGGCUUCUUCUCUUUGUAAUAAAGUAGAAAAGCUCUCCUCACUGCAGUGUUGACUUUGAUUUGAGAUUGUGAUAUCACUUCUUCAACGAUGAGAAAAAUAUGAGAAAAAAAAGUUGAAGUAUUAAAACAUACUAAGCUAUAAA